UGCCAACCGUAGAAAAUAUCUGCCAUUUUGAGGCAGCUGAUAUUUGUUUGAUUGGGAAUUUUUAUAAAAUAUCCCCCAAACCACCUCAAAAUGGGUGCUUCUUUUCUUCCCAUUGCCGUUUUUACGGUUUUCUGGGGUGUUAUAGGAAUCGUGUGCCCAUUCUUUGCUCCCAAAGGACCUAACAGAGGAAUUAUUCAAGUGGUUUUGAUGUUAACAGCAGCCACCUGUUGGCUUUUCUGGUUGUGCGCGUACAUGGCACAAAUGAACCCCCUCAUUGGGCCCAGACUUAACAACGAGACUCUCAUUUGGAUCGCUCGCACUUGGGGCAAUUCCUACACCAAGUGAACAUCUGAAAAAAUUCAACUAUGUUCAAAUAGUUAA